AAGAUGAAACCGGCCGCGCGCUCCCGCCCCGCAGACGCCCAGCGGGAUCCAGCAGCGGAGGAGCGAGCAGAGCUUUACCGGAGACUCACGGAGGCACCAUGAGGGAAAUAGUUCACAUCCAGGCGGGGCAGUGCGGGAACCAGAUCGGGACUAAGUUUUGGGAAGUGAUCAGUGACGAGCACGGCAUCGACCCCGCCGGGAACUAUGUGGGCGACUCGGCCCUGCAGCUGGACAGGAUCAACGUCUACUACAACGAGGCCUCCUCACAUAAAUACGUCCCCCGGGCCGUGCUGGUCGACCUGGAACCAGGAACCAUGGACAGCGUUCGCUCGGGAGCCUUUGGACAGCUCUUCAGACCGGAUAACUUCAUCUUUGGUCAGACGGGUGCAGGGAACAACUGGGCCAAAGGUCACUACACGGAGGGGGCGGAGCUUGUGGACUCGGUCUUGGACAUAGUGAGGAAGGAGUGCGAGCACUGCGACUGUCUCCAGGGUUUCCAGCUGACUCACUCUCUGGGAGGGGGCACUGGCUCAGGAAUGGGCACCCUGCUGAUCAGCAAGAUCCGGGAGGAGUACCCCGACCGGAUCAUGAACACCUUCAGCGUCAUGCCCUCACCGAAGGUGUCGGACACCGUGGUGGAACCCUACAACGCCACUCUGUCGGUCCACCAGUUGGUGGAAAACACAGACGAGACCUACUGCAUCGACAACGAGGCCCUUUACGACAUCUGCUUCCGCACUCUUAAACUCACCACCCCCACCUAUGGCGACCUGAACCACUUGGUGUCAGCCACCAUGAGUGGCGUGACGACCUCGCUCCGUUUCCCCGGACAGCUUAACGCAGAUCUCCGCAAGCUGGCCGUCAACAUGGUUCCUUUUCCCAGGCUCCACUUCUUCAUGCCGGGUUUCGCUCCUCUGACGGCGCGGGGCAGCCAGCAGUAUCGAGCGCUCACUGUUCCCGAGCUCACGCAGCAGAUGUUUGAUGCCAGGAACAUGAUGGCGGCCUGCGACCCUCGCCAUGGACGCUACCUGACUGUGGCCACGGUCUUCCGUGGGCCGAUGUCCAUGAAGGAGGUGGACGAGCAGAUGCUGAACAUCCAGAACAAGAACAGCAGCUACUUCGUGGAAUGGAUCCCCAACAACGUGAAGGUGGCCGUCUGCGACAUCGCUCCCCGAGGGCUCAAGAUGGCUGCCACGUUCAUCGGCAACAGCACUGCAAUCCAGGAGCUGUUCAAGCGGAUCUCUGAGCAGUUCUCUGCAAUGUUCCGCCGAAAGGCUUUCCUGCACUGGUUCACAGGCGAGGGCAUGGACGAGAUGGAGUUCACAGAGGCGGAGAGCAACAUGAACGACCUGGUGUCUGAGUACCAGCAGUACCAGGAAGCCACCGCCAAUGACGGCGAGGAGAACUUUGAGGACGAGGAGGAUGAGAUCAACGAGUAAGAAUAGCAAACACGGCCGGUACAGCACAGUGAUCGUGGGAAAUGUGAAACGGCUGGUAAAAUGAUGUUUGAUGGUCAACUUCAUCAGUAAAAUUUAAACAUUUUAAAUGAUUAAAGUAGAUGAUUCUGGGUUAGUUUGUAGCACUCUUGAAAUAAAGCUUCAUCUAUUUGUAAAAAGACGUGCCAAUCAAUACUUGUGAUCAGUCUGAUAUCAGGAAAACAAAAACAAUGUACAUUUGUCUAGCAUUAAGUGCUUGUAAAGGACUCUUUAGCAUGGCAUUUAAACCCACCGCAUAAGCAUAAUUUUCAGAAAGCAUCCACCUAACCGAGCAGCUUUUGGUGCCUAACCGAACGAGUGAUGGCAGAAACAAAAAGGAAGUGAAAAUGAAGGAAAUCAGCAAGUGAAGGCAACAUCAAACAGGACAUGAACACAUUCUCCUAACUGACAAACUCAAUUACUCAACUGCCACCCCUCUAAUCUCCAAAUGUGGACUUUUCUGAGCAAUCAAAGAAGACCGUUGUCAGUUGGCAUCGUUAAUUCCUGCGGCCAGUUUGUCAAGACAUCAUUGCCAAAGAAACUCUUGUGUAACAGCAGCAGCAUUGAAGCCUUACCCUGUGAUGAGCUGCGUUUGUUCAUAAAGGGAACAGAUUUUAGGAGAGUGCGAAUCUGCUGCUCAGACUGGUCAAAAAUCAGUGCAUCAGAAACCAAACAAAUCUAAUCUGACACACAUCAGCCUCGGCUGUCGGGUAAAUGCUCGACUAAACUCAGAGACAUGUCCUGUAAAGAGACGUGAGUCACGAGGCGUGAGUGGCAGAUGCUUCAGACUGAGGACUUUAAAAGUGCCACCACACCAUCCUUAAUUUUAUUGGACAGUUAAUGGAACAGUUGGAAAAAGUUGAUCCAAAGUGAAAAUUUCUUUGUUCUGACAGGUUCUCCAGGAUGGUUUAUGCUCUGAGAGAAAGUCUUCUACCAAACGCCAGCACCCGUUUUCCCAUGGGUGUCUUUAAAGUUCACUAAUAUUCUGGCCAUGCGAUCAAUCAUGAUGCAUUUGUUGUGAUUUUCAGUAUACUGUGAUGUUAGAAGCGAACAGGUGAUGGAGCCUACAUUUAUAACAGGUCCAACAGCAGAGCUCUGCCUUCUGCUCAGACAUCAGUAGAGUCCGUAUAGACUUCCUUUGAAACCAAACCUCACUGCACUCAGAUCAGCUUCAGAGAUGCAAAGAUAAGAUGAGUUUGUCACUGUUAUGGUAACAGAAGCUUUUUUCCUCAGUAGCUUUAAGCUGCCUUUGAGCACUUGUUGUGUUUAAGCUGUGAUUUUUGUACAUGUGAUCAUAGUAAUUGU